AUGGCACACAGACAAUUUGGGAAGAAGAUUAAAAUUGUUAGAAGUGACAAUGGAACUGAAUUCACAAGCUUUGCUUCUGAAUUUCGAGAACAGGGGAUAAGACACCAAACGUCUUGUGUUGGAACACCACAGCAAAACGGGAGAGUAGAGAGAAAGCACAGGCAUAUUUUGAAUGUAGCUCGUGCACUGCUAUUUCAGUCUUCUCUGCCAGUUUUUGGCUGCUUGGCAUUUGCUCAUAAUCAACGAAGAGGAGGAGAUAAGUUUGAAAGUCGAAGCAGACGUUGCUUGUUUGUGGGAUAUCCAUUUGAUAAGAAAGGAUGGAAUUUAUUUGAUUUGGAAACAGAGGAAGUGUUUGUCUCUCGAGAUGUUAUUUUCGUGGAAGAUGUUUUUCCUCUUAGACAUGAAUCGCUUGCAGGUGCAAGCAAUGAUGAUUCAAAUAGACCUUUGGAUUUUGGUUUAUUUGACGAUGACGAACCGGAGGUUGUGGAAUCAAGACUUGAUGAUACACAUCUUGGCAAACCGGUUGACCCUGUAACGCAUGAAGAAAAUGUUACUGCUAAACGCAUAGAAUCAACUGAUAAUGUUCAAAGACAAGAGGAAUGUCUUGAAGGAACUCACGAGAAUGUGACGAAGGAUAGUUGUGAUGACACACAACCAACUACUGAAAAUCUGGGACGCGGUAUGAGAUCGAAGAAGAUCCCGUCCAAGCUGAAUGACUUUGUGCUUAAUACCAUUCGCGAAACGGAGGGUGUGGAUGGGGAAAUUGAGAUUUCAUUUGAAGAAAGCAUGGAUGAACACAGUUUUCAUCCUAUAUCUCAUUAUCUUGAUAGCAAGUCCUUCUCUCCUCGUCAUCGAGCGUUUCUUGCAGCCUUGCAUGCAGAAACCGCACCAAUAUUUUUUAAGGAUGCUGUUGUCUACAAGAAAUGGAGGGAAGCGAUGCUGGCUGAGAUAGAAGCUUUGGACCUUAAUGGAACGUGGGAUUUGGUAGAACUUCCAAAAGGGAAAACAGCCAUUGGUUGUAAAUGGGUGUAUACGAUAAAGUUUCGAGCUGAUGGAACGUUGGAGAGAUAUAAAGCAAGAUUGGUUGCUCUUGGAAAUAGACAAGUUGAGGGUGUAGAUUACUCAGACACGUUUGCUCCAGUCAUCAAGAUGUCAACAAUUCGUUUGUUUCUUGAAGUGGCUGCAGCCAAACAAUGGGAAUUACAUCAAAUGGAUGUGCAUAAUGCAUUUCUUCAUGGAGAUUUAGACGAGGAAGUGUAUAUGCGCUUACCACCGGGAUUUCGUGUGGGGGACAAACAGAUGGUUUGUCGACUUAAGAAGUCAUUGUAUGGCUUGAAGCAAGCUCCGCGCUGUUGGUUUGCUAAGCUGCGCACUGCUUUGAUUGGAUAUGGUUUUAAACAGUCAUAUUCGGACUACUCUUUGUUCUAUCUACGAAAAGAAGGUAUUGAGAUAUACAUACUUGUGUAUGUAGAUGAUUUGGUCAUUGGAGGGAAUGAUUCUAAAGCUAUUGGAGAUUUUAAACAAUACUUGGGAGAAUGUUUUCAUAUGAAGGAUUUAGGGAAACUGAAAUAUUUUCUAGGCAUAGAAGUUGCAAGGAAUAAAGAUGGUAUCUUUCUUUGUCAAAGAAAGUAUACGCUGGAUAUUAUCAGUGAUGCAGGUUGUCUUGGAUCGAAACCUGCUACAUCUCCGAUUGAACAACAACACAAGCUUGCGUUAUCAGAUAAACCGUUUCUUGAAGAUCCAGAACGUUAUCGACGUUUAGUUGGCCGGUUGAUCUACUUAUUGGCCACUCGACCUGAUCUGACUUAUGUGGUUCAUGUACUCUCUCAAUUUAUGCAUCAGCCACGAAUAGAUCAUUGGGAGACUGCUUUGCGUGUUGUUCGUUAUUUGAAAGGUACUCCGGGACAGGGAGUGUUAUUGAAAUCUGAUAGUGAUCUUCGGUUGAGAGGCUGGUGUGAUGCUGAUUUUUCGGGGUGUCGGCUCACUAGAAGAUCGCUUGGUGCUUGGUUUAUUACUCUUGGAACUUCGCCGGUCUCAUGGAAAGCUAAGAAACAAGAUGUGGUUUCUCAGUCUUCUGCUGAAUCAGAGUAUCGGAGUAUGGCGAAAGCAGUUGGAGAACUAAAAUGGCUGCGUGAUGUGCUCAUUGACUUAGGUAUUACUCAAACACAGCCGAUGGAACUCUAUUGUGAUAAUCAAGCGGCUUUGUAUAUUGCGGCGAAUCCUGUGUUUCAUGAGCGCACCAAACAUGUAGAACGAGAUUGUCACACGGUGCGUGACUCGAUUGUCGAUGGCACGAUUGUUACUAAGAAAGUGGAUACUCACGAUCAACUUGCUGAUGUGUUUACUAAGGCAUUGGGACGUCGUGACUUUGAGAAUAUCAUUUCCAAGUUGGGCAUCUAUAAUCCAUAUGCUCCAACUUGA